CUCCCCCGCCCGCGCCCCCCGGUCCCGCUCCGGCUCCCGCGCGCGGAGCGAGGCGCCGCUGCUCCGCCGCCCGGGCCCACGGAUAAUGACUCUCCUCCCCGCCUAGACUGAAUAAGCACCGUGUGCACUUUAAGCUCCUGUCGGAGCCAUCGGGCUGACUGAAGACAGGGUUUUGAAAUCUCAGCUAUACAGGCAUCCAGCCAAAGUCUCAAUCUUGCCUUAACAAUGUUCCAGAGACUGAACAAAAUGUUUGUGGGUGAAAGCAAUACUUCUUCCAACCAAGAACCAGAAUUCAGUGAGAAAGAAGAUGAUGAAUGGAUUCUUGUCGACUUCAUAGACACUUGCACUGGGCUGUCGGCAGCAGAAGACGAGGAAGACGACGUCAUUGAAGAGCCACCCACCGACCACCCUUCAGUCUUUUCCUGUUUACCUGCAUCUCUUGAAUGCUUGGCUGACCCAAGCGACUCCUGCUUCCUCCAGUUUGAGUCCUGCCCCCUGGAGGAGAGCUGGUUCAUCACCCCUCCGCCAUGCUUCACGGCCGGAGGGCUGACCGCCAUCAAGGUGGAGACCAGCCCCAUGGAGAACCUGCUCAUCGAGCACCCCAGCAUGUCUGUGUACGCCGUGCACAACUCCUGCCCCGCGCUCAGCGAGGCCGGCUGCGGGGCUGACGAGCUUCACCGCCCGGGCAGUCCCAGAGGGGACGCCCAGGACGAAGUGGGGCCGCACAUGCACUGCUACGUGGCAGCCGUGGCUGCGCACAUGGCUCUCCUGGACCAGCCCCGGAGCUUCCGCCCCGCCCUGUGGGUAAAGGAACACAGUGAGAGACAGGCUCUGAACAGAAACAGCCUGCGUCGCCAAAAUCUUACCAGGGAUUGCCACUCCCGGCAGGUCAAGCACAGUGGCUGGGCUGUCCAUCAGCCCUGCCCACGUCAGUACAAUUACUAAGAAUUUCAAGUGCGGUUGGUUGGUUGGUUGGUUGCUCUUGGUUUGUACAUAUGUGUGUGGGUGUGUGUGUUUGGAUGUGAAGUCUCUUUACAGCCACUUGGUGACCAAUCACAUAGUCGUUUUAUUAGUGCGUUAGACACUAUCUUGAAAACCAGAUUUACAUGCUGUGUAUCACAUAAUGCCUUGCUCUUAACAUUUGCUUUUUGGUAAAUAUUUUCAGAAUAUUUUUGGAAACAUAUCAAUACAAUUACAGUGUUUGGUGAUGUCUUUAAAUCUAUUGAAAUGUACAUGAAUUAGCAUUUUAAAGACAUUUCUUCUCAAGUGUGAGAAUAGGCAUCUUUCAAUUUCAUUUUAUUUUGUAUUACUUAAUCUUUUGAGUAAACAAAAACUUAUUCUCAGGGUCAGCCAUACACUUUAUUGACCAGUACUUGAUAAUCUUUUCUGUAUAUAAUGAAUACAUUUUUACACACUAACAUGAGCAUUAACAGGUUAUAGUUGCCAUAGUUAUAAUGGAAUUAUGGCUGAAUUGUCUUUUUGAAAGAAAACUUGAUAUAUUUCUCUAUGUGUGGUGUUUUGUUUUUCCAGACUAGCCAUGCAGUUCAUUUUGGAAUUCAGGUACAUUGAGUGUUAGUGAACAGUGCGUUCAGUAAUUCUGGUGACUGUGAUGUGGUACAGACCUUAGCAGGCCUUGUGGGACGAAAGCACUUGUCGCACACGCAGAGGAUUGAAGCAGACCUGUGAAGCUGUCGUUGGAAAACGUGUGUCCAUAGCCAACCCCUUAGUGCACACUUUCAGCUCUGCCCCGUCACACCCACACCAGCUGUGCGCCCACAAGUCCGUGUCCAGGCACCGAGUGACCCGUUAGGCCCGCCGCACGGGAGCGCUAGGCUGUGGUCUGGUGCAGGGGCGGCGAGGGCCGAGGGUUCUUGGGAUAAUUCUCCCGGCGCCCACAGGGAGUGACAGGGUGGCUUCCUUCCGUUCCCUCUCAGGCCUGGCUGCAGGCAGAAUCUUCAACCACUUGGGCUGUUUCCUCCACCAGCAGGGGGCAGGCACAGCCGCCUCCCUCCCAGCUGAGGGGAAGUGGCUCAGACAGGAAUUCUGAAUCCGUGAUGGCUGAUGGGAACAGCCGUUCUCAGAGCUGGUGCUGGGAGGCCGAGUGCAGCGCCCAUGCCCAGGGAGGCCAGCGAACUCCGCACGGAGAAGACCUAGUUCUGCUGCUGGCCAGGCCCUUUGCUGUUCAGCAGCUGCGAUGGGUUCUGCUGAGCCACCCGCGCUCGCUAAGGUCUUCGGAAGUGAAGUUAAGCACAUUUACAAUCCAAAGCACGUUCUGCUGACAGACAGGAGUAUUGCCUUCAAAAUCAAACCGCGUCUUUUCCCGCCGCCUCUGCAAACCUAAAGUACACGUCUCUCCAACGUCCCUCGGGAAACGCAGCCUGUGGUUAUGUGAAGUAUUACUCUGUCUCUCGGCGACCUCUCCUUCCGGGAGAGCUGUGCCCCUUUCUGACCAGCCUGGGGGGCUCAGGACUGGUCAGGGCGGGUAGCAGAUGGUGGCGGGAGGCUGUUCCUCCUUGGCAUUGAUGCAGGGCCAGGAAUGUCUCUAGAGCAAGACUCUAGGGCCCCUUCUCUCCUUUUCCUUUCCAUUUCCACGACCCCUUUAUUUAUUUGCUUUCCAACAGGGGCCAAGUCUGUCAAGUUUUGUCGAACUGAGCUAGAGUUAUUUGUUCCUAUGUGUGUUUACCUGAGUUGGGAGAUGAGGGAGAGAGGGUGUUCACGAGGGUGUGUGUGUUUUCACGUGAUGUCUGUUAUAGGGCCAUGUAUUGGUAACUUGAAAAAAGACCAGCUAAAUGUUUCCUGGUGUAUGCCUCUGAGCACAUGGGCAUCUCUCCACAUGUUACAUGCAAGUUGUUAGUACCUCACGAGCUGUAGCAGGGCAGCAUAACAGAUUUCUAUAUAAAACCUUUAUUAUUUUUUCAGAUCUCCUGACACUUUAAACACAUUUACAUUUCUAUCAGUUAUUGUAUUUUUGUUUUCCUUAUCUGGACCUUUUUUUUUUUUUUUUUUUUUUUUUUUUUUUAAUGCAUUGUUCCUGGAAGACAAAUGAUUUUAGUCUUUGGGAUAUCUUUUCAGGAUAAGGGCUACCACACCAUCUGUGAUAUAUUGUGGUUUUUGUCUAAAAUUGGCACAUAUAAGAAGUGAAGAAACUAGUUACAUCAUUCGGUGGAGGUUCUUGGUCAUUAGAUGUUUGUUAGGCAUCCAUUAUGUACAAGACACACCAGUAAUGAUGUGGACAAGUUAAGUAUUCUCUGAGACACAGCCAAAAUGAAAUUUAUUAUAAAUAAAUUAUUUUUGCUGUUGUAAAUAUUAAUGGUUUACAAUGUGCUUUAAUGCAUAUUUCUUAAAAAUGCACCCAGUGAGAAAUAAGACACCUUUGAAUUCAGUGCUCUGACUGUUUCUAAACCGAUAAUACAGAAUGUUCCUUGGAGAAAGUCUGGAAUAGGUGGUGUACACAGCAGUGCUUGUGGAUGAGUUUCUUAGUUCUUUAAUGCACCACGUUUCUCAGUUUGUUUUUGUUACUAAAACGUUGUAUAAUGUAUAUCCUAUGUUUACUACUUCUUCCUUAGCUAAUUGGAUUAUGCACUGCACUGUAAGUUGAAGAUUAGCCAUUCAUUAUCUUCUGUGGCAAUGCGUUUAUAUCGUUGGCUGAGGGGGGAUUUUUUUAUGGAAGGUGCAAAGUGUUUGAAUUCCUGAUUUCCUAUUCCAGGGAUCUUUCUUUGACAUUUAUUUUCUGUUCAUUUUUCCAGUUUCCAUGCAAAUCGCUCCUCUUUUACAUGCCUUCUCUGUUGUGUUGGUACUUUGAUUCUAGUGAGAAGACAGCUGACUUACGACUUGAGAGGGCCAUUCAGCCUUGCCUGUCGUUUCCGCUUCUCAGAUCUGUGAGCUCACUGGUUGGGAACCUUACAUCUUCGUGGAAUUUGUCUUUGCUAUUUCUCUUCCUCCUCAAGGACAUGUAAUGCCUUUUAUGUUUUUAGGAGAAAAGAGCAAGAAGAAUAUCUUUCUUAUCCUCAUUUUCUUAGAGAUGGAAACAAACAAAAAUGAAGGACUCCAACUAGAAGAUAGACAUUUAAGCUUAAAUAUUAGGUUAAUGGAGAAAGAGUUUCCAAGUAUUAGUUUUUGUUUUUAGAAUCAGUUAAGAGACUGCUCCUUGUACUGGAGACACUAGCAUGUUUGUAAUGUUACCGUAAAGUUACCUUAUUAUAGACGGCCCAUACAUAGAUUAAAUUCUUUUAAAAGGGGCUACUAUCAUGGAUGUUUCACUGCCAUUAGCCAGGCUGAUGUGUUAUCAGUGGCAUCCUUAUCUACUUAUUUUAUUGCUUAAAUUUUUAUUUAAAAUGCUUUAUUUAGAAAACCAACAUAAUGUUUGGUGUCAGCCUUGCCAUGUACCAAUUUCACUUGAAAUAUGACACCAAUCACAGUGGGUGAAGGUGGAGAAAGAAGUACUGGAAAGCAUACCGGUAAGGAUAUAUUUUUCUAUUUGCAACAGUAUCCUGUAUGCGGGAGAAGUUACUGUUCAGAGGAAGGCAGCUCACGUGGAUGAUGUUUUGUAUAUUAUUGAGCAUUUUUCUUACACUUUUUAAAAUUGUAUAAUUGUUAAAUGCCCAGUUUUGCUCUGUAUUUGCCUGAAGUUUUAGUAUUUGUUUUCCGGAUGGACUUCUGAAAACCAGUACUUGGGGAGAUGAGAUGUGUAUGUUUCCAGGUUUGGGGUGUGUGUGUGUGUGUAUGAGUGGUUUUGCUUGCUUUUUGGUUGUAUUUUCCUCCAGAGGUUUGGAAAAUUUAAUCAAUAAUUCUGUGUAUGUUAUUUAAAGAAAAAAAAAAAGUGGCUUUUUUCCCCCCCUCAAGUAAAAUUGUGAACACAUUUGCUUUUCAAGGGCAGGGCAUCAGUUAUAGAAACUGAAGAGUAUUGUAGGUUGUACUAUGUGCCUUCUUGAUGUGUUUCUGGACACACAACUUUUUCGACAACUUGAAAUCUAAAAAAGGGACAUGUGGUUAGGUUAUACUGUACAUCAAUCUAUGCAUAAACGGCAGCUUGUUUUCUUGAGCCACUGUCUAAAUGUUUCGGUUUUUAUAGAAAUUUUUUAUACUGAUUAGUUCGUAGCUGGUCAGUUUUAUACACAGACUAAACAAUACAGCACUUUGCCAAAAAUAAGUGUAGCAUUGCUUAAAGGUUGUGUAUUAACACCAGUUGUUUGUAAUGGGGUCAGCGGUGCAUUCUGUACCACCUGGAGUUACGUUCUUCAUCUUCAGUAAAUAAAAUGUCCUCUAACUUCA